GGGGGAAUUAUGUCGAAAAGAGGUAAUGACCGCACCGAAAAGUUUCUGCACAGAUUAUUCUUUAUUUUGUGGGGGCUGGUCCAUGUGAGCUGCUCUGCCCAAUUGAUGAGAUUUACCUAAGAUAAUCAAUAAAGAAAAAAGUAUACAUGAAGCUCCUUUUGAAUCUCCAUGUUGGAAAAAUCUCUCCUUUGUUCCGGUGCCCCUGGACAUUGAAAUACCACUUCUGCUUCUUUUCUUUUUUGUGUGGGUGUGCGCGCUUAGAAAGCAUCAAUUCAAAGAUCAAAACCCAAGAAAGGCAAAGGCAGAGAAACAUAGGGCACGAGAAAUGGUUGCUGUUUACAACAAAGAACUCUUGAGUUGGUACUUAAUCACCCUCAAGCUCAGAGAAACUGUGGAAUCUGGACUACCCAAUAAAUCAACCUCCAAUGCAUCCACGGAAUUAACAGAUCAGCACCACCAGCAAGAACAGCCUCAGGACCACCAGAUUCGCAAGCUACAGCAAGAACCAUCCAAGGCUCUCCAGAUCGUGGUCGAGAAUGACGGGGGCGAAGAUGAGCCAAGGCCGCCUCAGUCCGAAUGGGUCAUCUCCAUCAGAGAGAAGCUCGAGCAAGCUUGCCAGGACGACGAGGCCUGCUCAUGGGCAAAGCUCUCCAUUUAUCGGAUCCCGCACUAUCUCAAGGAUGGUGAGGACAAGGCCUACAUCCCCCAGAUCGUCUCCCUCGGGCCAUACCACCACGGUAAGAAGCGCCUCCGCCAGAUGGACCGGCACAAGUGGCGCUGCCUAUACCGCAUCCUCUCGCGCACUGGUCAUGAGAUAAGCCUCUAUCUAGACUCGGUCAAGGAGGUCGAGGAGAAAACUCGUGCCUGCUAUGAGGGGAUGAUAUCCAUGGGCAGCAACGAGUUCGUGGAGAUGAUGGUUCUUGACGGGUGCUUUGUGAUUGAGCUAUUCCGGGGAGUCGCUGAGGGGUUCAAGGAACUCGGCUAUUCUCGCAAUGACCCGGUCUUCUCGAUGCGGGGAUCGAUGCACACGAUCCAGCGGGACAUGAUCAUGCUCGAGAAUCAGAUCCCUCUUUUCAUACUCGACCAGCUGCUCGGCCUCCAGCUUGGCGACCACAACCAGAAGGGGCUCGUGGCCAAGCUGGCACUCAGGUUCUUCGACCCUCUGAUGCCAACAGACGAGCCUUUGACCAAGCUUAGCCGCAACAGGCUUGAGUCUCUUGGCUACACCACCACCUUUGACCCGUUAUCUGACCAGGGCGAGCUCCAUUGCCUCGAAGUGUUCCGGCGGAGCCUCCUCCGCUCGGGCCCAAAGCCAGAGCCGAGGGCAUGGAUCAAGCGAUGGUCUCACUCCAACCGGGUCGCCGACAAGAGGCGGCAGCAGCUCAUCCACUGUGUGACGGAGCUCCGGGAAGCCGGGAUCAAGUUCAGAAAGAGGAAGACGGACAGAUUCUGGGACAUCCAGUUCAAGGACGGGAUCCUCUGGAUCCCGCGGCUUCUAAUCCACGAUGGGACGAGGUCGCUCUUCCUCAACUUGAUAGCCUUCGAGCAGUCUCACUUCGAUUGCAGCAACGAAAUCACCUCGUACGUAAUCUUCCUGGACAACUUGAUCAACUCCCCCGAGGACGUCGGGUACCUCCACUACUGCGGGAUCAUUGAGCACUGGCUUGGGAGCGAUGCGGAGGUCGCUGACCUCUUCAACCGGCUUUGCCAGGAGGUGGUCUUCGACAUCAAUGACAGUUAUCUCUCUACACUGUCUGCGGAGGUGAACAGAUACUACAACCAUAGGUGGAAUGCCUGGAGAGCCAGUCUCAAGCACAAUUACUUCAGCAGUCCCUGGGCAAUCAUUUCCGUCAUUGCUGCUUUCGUUUUGCUUGUGCUUACUUUGGCACAGACCUUCUAUGGAGUCUAUGGCUACUACAGGCCGGGUUCUUGAUCUCUGCAGUUUUUCAGAUUAGUUCUCACUCGGUUUUCCUCCCAGGGAACAUGUCCCUGAAAGAUUUUACUCAAAAAAUUUCAUUCAAAAUCUGUUGCUUUUUCUUUAAUUUUUUGUGCUUGUAUUGAAAUAGAAUUGUAAGAUACAGAAAGGGAAACAACAAAUAUUUAGUUUGUACAAGUAUCGUUUUUGGCUGAGAUGCGAGUCCUGUCAGAAUGUCCAAACGGUUUGUAUGCAAAUAGAUUUGUUCUACCAAUUCCUAAAA